GCACCAAACACAGACAUCCAUUCAACUUUCCAGAUCCAGAACUAUUCCUCCUCUCAGCUUGAAGAAAAAGCAGAUCAGAUAUAUAUAUUUUUUUUUAGGAAACAUGAAGUGGUGUUUCUAUGCCGGGAUAUUUCUUAUCUAUGUGUUUGUCAAUGAAUUAACUGACGCUAAUGUGAUCCGAGAAGGAGUCCCGUAUGAUGAAACCCCCGCCAGACCCUACUGGUCAUACUCCACCACAGACUUCUGGAGAUACAUUGAGUACUUCAGAAGCAUUGGGGCCUACAACCAGAUUAACGAGAUGGCCAGGACAUUUUUCGCUCACCAGCACCUGGGCGAUACUCUGGGCUACGAAGCUGCUGAGUCAGAACAUGAGCAUUAAAGAGCCUUUCACAAGCCAUACAGCAAUAGGUACAGCUGAAUGUAGUCUUAGCUGUCAUAACAAGCCAUUAGUGGGGGGUUAGCCUUAGAUAAUGUAUAUUAUAUUCUGUUUACAUUCUACAGUAAUGUUGCAGUCCUCAUGUAUCAGCUGUGUUGCAUAUAUACUAUAAACAUGGCUUCAAGUGUAUUAUUGUGAUAAUAUAUGAGAUGUAUUUGGUGCUAUAAUAUUAAAUGUUUAUAAAGCUGA